CGCCAAGCCAACUUCUUUAUAAUCCUUUACAUAUAUUAAAACCUUCACAUCAUUAUUAAAUUUUCUUCAUUGUUCUUCAAAACUUUAUCUAAUCCAAAUUUUAUAUUUAUUAUCUAACAAAACAAAUUACAUGACAGGAGGAACAGAAGCUUUUCCUGACCUCGGAAAACACUGCCAGCAUUCCGAAUGUUAUCAGCUCGAUUUUCUGCCGUUCCGAUGCAACCGCUGUCGAAACGUGUUCUGCCUUGACCAUCGAUCGUACAAGUCUCACGAUUGCCCUGUACCUGAUCUCAACAGCAGAAAAGUGAUCGUUUGCGAAAUCUGUUCGACGUCCAUUGAGACCACGGGGCGCGACGAAAACGACGAGAAGGCCAUAUUGGAGAAGCAUGUCGGGUCUGGAGACUGCGACGCGAAGAAGAAGAAGAAAGCUACAUGUUGUGUUAGACGGUGUAAGGAGGUUUUGACGUUUUCUAAUACAUGUGUUUGUAAGACUUGUAGUUUGAAGGUUUGUUUGAAGCAUCGGUUUCCGGCUGACCACGAAUGCGGCAAGGGUUCAUCUGCUGCUGCUGCAGCUGCCGGUAGGCGGUCUAAUGACAAAUUUCUGGCUGCUUUGGCUUCUAGGAACGGAAAAGAUUGCGCAACAAACGUGAAACCGUCUUCCUCGAAACCUAGUAUUUUUUCUGUUAAAAUAUUUUGAUGUACAUUCGAAGAACAUUGAUGUUGGUUGGCGUUUGCAUUCUGAAAUUCGGAUCCGACUCAUUCAGAUUCUUUGAAAUCGACAGGAUAUGAUUAAUUGUGUGCUAAA